AAAAAUCCUUACUUUAUUUUCCUCCUCCACUGCGUCUCUCUCUCAUCAUCAUCAUACUCAGCUUUUUGGCUUGUGGGUAUCGGAAUGACGAAAGAGCUCUCCUUUCUGGGAUCCGAGAAGCAACUCGACGAAACCCUUUGCCGCUAAAACCAUUCCAGUAAAGGCAGUAGUGAUUGGGAGUGAGAUAGUAAUAAUGCCGGUGGUGGCGACCAGUCUCGUUUCGCUUCAGGAGAAGCUUAAAGUGGAGGAGCCAUACCUUCCUCCGCGAAAUUGGGAAUCUUUACCUUCUCAGAGCCGCCGAUUUCUUCCUCCAACUACUUCUUCUGCUUCUUCUUCUUCUGUCUCUGAAUCGAGCUUGGUCAGGUUGGCGCUGAAUGCCCUGCAAGGUGUUGAGUCUUCUCUUAUUAGCAUAGAACACCUCUCUUCUGCAUUAUGUUCUGAGCCAGCUGAUAGGACCCUCCACAAAAUUCCAAGCUUGUGGCAUCGGUUGUCAAGCACUGAUGCCUUGGGACAGAUUCUUAGAAAUAUAGGCUGCUUUGGUUCUUUGGUAUUUCUUCUCCAUAAGUUCGUAGACCAUUUCACAAGCUUGAAUUUGGAUGUGGAAACAGCUGUUGAGGGACAGGGGAGCUAUAAAAUUGGUGAAAAUGAAGAAGUCAUUAACAGAAGCUGCUAUACUCUUGUUAAUCAGGCUUUUGCUAUUGCUGUGAGAAAGGUCCUUGAAGGCUAUAUAUCUGGGCUGGAUACAUUAUGUGCAUCGAUAGAACUGAGGCGUUCGUCAAACAUUGUUGAUGGGUCUGACCAUGGUUCCUCUUGGUCAGGCUGCCUUACGAACGUCGUUCAUCCGAAGAUAACAUUAUUGGAAGUUUUUCUGCAUACUAGAGAGUUAAGAACACAGAUUGAAGCUCUUGCAAACAUAUGUAAUUUGUAUGAUAUACCCCUUUCUUACUGUGCCUCUCCUUGGGAAUGUCUGAUUACUGAAGCAACCACGCGAUUUCAUGGGUUCUACAGAGGAAGCGACCUGCUUACUUACUUAUAUACACAACUACAGGUUGCUGAUCCUGCUCACAGUGCUAUGCUUAAGUUUUUGUUCCUCAAAACAUGUGAGCCAUAUUGUGAGUUUAUAAGAUCUUGGAUGUUUAAAGCCGAACUUAACGAUCCUCACAAGGAGUUCAUUGGGGAAUGUCUCAGCGAAUCGACAUCUUUUUCUUGGAAUAAGCCUGGCACCUCCCCAUUGAAGAGCGUAAGGGAGCAAGGAGGGCUUGUUCCGUGUUUCUUGAACGGCUUCUUGGAACCUAUACUAAGGGCUGGUCAACAGCUUCAAGUAAUUACAAAACUUCUGGAACUGUGUAAUCCUCCUGCAUCUGGACACAAAAAUUACACAGAUCUUCUUCCGUGUUGGACGUAUUUUUCUACUUCUAGUCCAGGGCACCCAUCUCCAAUAACUUUCAGCAAAUUACAAAUAGAAGUGAUGGUAAAGAAAAGAGACGAUUACUACAGAAUGAUGCAAGAAAAACUUGGUGACUUUUCAGAAAAGUUUGAGCUCUUCCCUGGGCAGGUUCCUGGAGCAUUAUCUUUACCAAUAUCCUAUGGCGACGGAGACAAAAAUUCUGUUUAUUUCACACUGGAUGGGAGUUUACUAAUUCCUUCAACAGUGGCAAUAGACUUGACCAGGGACCAGAGUGGCUCAGAUUCUGAUGACCAGAAUACAGAAGACAGAUGGUUUUCAGAGAUAGAUGCAUCAUGCUCAUCUGAAUGUUCAUCGACUAGGGAUUCUUUGGAAGCAUCCGAUGUUGGACUCCUUGAUUCACAAAGUACAUUAGUGGGACCUCCACCAAAUUAUUUAUCAGCUCUACGUUUCUCUGUUGCCUCUGAUGGGAAUUGUAAUCAGAAUCUGGUUCAGCAUAGUGAUUCAGGUUAUAUAGACAAUAAUUUUGUGAAGCAAGGUGAGAAGGCAGAUACUAAUCAUCAGUGGAUGGAUACUGAGCCAGAAGAGUCAACUGGAGUAUGUGAAGAUGAUAAAUUUAGGGGGCCUAUUUCUAUUAAGUCAUGGCCCCUUGGCGGAUUACCUAAAAAUCCGUUUUGUGUUGAUAAGAAGUCUGCAGAAGAUGACAGAGAAGAUCCAAGAAAUGAUUCAGGAGCUAUGACGGAACAGAGGCACUUAAUGAAUACUGAUGAAGGCAAACUAUUUUUAAACAACAUUUCCACCAGUGGCAGCUGUUCAAAGCACGAGAGGAGACAUGAUUUGCUGGAAAACUUUCUUUCAUCGAAAUUAGAUUUGAUAAAAGACACAAAGGUAAACUACCCUUACGAGGUGCUCAGUAUGAAUCCUUUACUGAGAUGUGAUUUCUUGCGCAAGCAUGGAAAUACAAACAGGAGGAACCAGGGGAAAUCAUUGCCUUGGUUUGAUUUUUCUGCGGUGGAUGACCCUUCAAAAACAUGUAUUACCAGGAUACCUGUACGAGUCCCUAUUGAUUUUCAUAAGGAAUCUCAUAGUUUUCAGACUGAUAGAAAUCGCCAUCGCCAUGCCAACCAAGAAUGUGGGAUAGAUAGGUUUGAUGUUGAAGAACCUAAAGUUUCUUGCAGUCAUUUAUCUUCUGGUAUAAAAGGUUGCACUGAAGAAAAAAAAUCAAAUGCAUUUGGUGGAGGUAGAUGGGAGGGUAUGCUUCGUAGAUCAAAUAACCCUGAAACUAGUGCCUUUAGCGAUCGCAGACAGGACUCCUCUGGCACAUUUGAAUUGCCACUUGAUUUUGUUAUAGACAAGUGUCUACUGCAGGAAAUACAUCUUCAAUAUAACUUUGUCAGUAAGCUAGCUAUCAAGUUGCUCGAAGAAGGAUUUGGCUUGCAAGAACAUCUGCUAGCUCUACGUAGAUAUCAUUUCAUGGAACUAGCAGAUUGGGCAGAUGUAUUUGUAGUGUCCCUUUGGCAUCAUAAAUGGCUUGUUACAGAGGCAGAUAAGAGAAUUGCAGAAAUCCAAGGGUUUCUAGAAUCAUCAAUUCAGAGAUCAUCAUGUGAACGAGACAUUUGUAAGGACAGGUUAUUUUUGUACAAAAGACAAGGCACAAUGCAUAUCCCACCAUCAACCAUUGGAGUGCGUUCCUUUGAUUUCCUAAGGUUGGGUUAUCGAGUGGACUGGCCAAUCAGUAUAAUUUUAACAUGCGAUGCCCUGAAAGCGUAUGCGGAUGUAUUUAGUUUCCUGGUUCAAGUGAAACUAGCAGCCUAUGUAUUAACUGAUGUCUGGUGUUCACUGAAGGAUGUAAGACAUAUGAUGCAUGAGAAUAAAGAGAAGAUAUUGAAGCAAGAACUCCGGUGGUUGAACAUAUUGAUGAAACUAAGGCAUCAGGUCAACCAUUUUGUAACAGCACUACAGCAAUAUGUACAUUCGGAAUUAUCUCACGUAUCAUGGUCCAAGUUCCUUCAUUCCCUGAAAAUUAAGGUCAAGGAUAUGAUGGAUCUUGAAUCUGUGCAUAUGGCUUAUCUAAGUGAGGCUUUGCGCAUAUGUUUCCUAUCUGACGAAACUCGAGUCAUAUCUAACAUCAUAGAGAACAUCUUGCAAUGCGCACUGGAUUUCCGGUCUUGUCUUCCCAGAGCUAUUCAGAGUACAGAUCGAGUCCCAAACGAUUCACAGACAAAAACACUAGGCAUAAACACAUCUCAGGUGAUGAUGGUAAAACAAAAUUUUGACAAAGAAUUAAAAGAGCUGCAUAAGUGUCAUAUGAGAUCACCAAAACAUGGGAAAUUUGGACUCUCUCGCUUCUGGGACUACCUCAACUUCAACCUUUAUUAUUCAGAUAUCCUUCAUGACUCUAACAUCUUCUUUCUUAUUCCUUAGAAGUUAGAACCACAUUAUGUGUGUUGUAUAUUUUUGUGUUAUAUGUUGCACUUCCAUAUUUUAGUUCAGUACAGUUUUCACACAAAUAAUUGAGCUCUCUUAUUAAUCUUUUUCCCUGUCACUCUAUUAUUACUAAAAGAAGCGAAUCAUCUUUUUGCAA